AUGGAUAAACAGCCGGCGAGCAGUUGGAGUAUCCAUACCCGGCCGGAGAUAAUCGCCAAGUACGAGAUCUUCGAGCGAGUCGGAUCCGGAGCCUACGCCGACGUCUACAGAGCUCGCCGUCUCUCCGACGGUCUCAUCGUCGCGCUCAAGGAGAUUUUCGAUUACCAGUCGGCGUUCCGGGAGAUCGACGCGCUCACCAUCCUCACCGGAUCCCCUAAUGUCGUCGUCAUGCACGAGUACUUCUGGCGCGAGGACGAGAACGCCGUGAUCGUCCUCGAGUUCCUCAGGACGGAUCUCGCCGCGGUGAUCCGAGAUGCUAAACGGCGGAAGAAGGGAUCAGGCGCGGAGAAAUCGGAUGGGUUCUCGGUUGGCGAGAUUAAGCGAUGGAUGAUUCAGAUUCUCUCCGGCGUUGAUGCUUGCCACAGGAAUCUGAUCGUCCACAGAGAUUUGAAGCCUGGGAAUUUGUUGAUUUCUGAUGAUGGAGUGCUUAAGCUUGCCGAUUUUGGCCAGGCUAGGAUACUCAUGGAGAGUGAGAUUGUGGCUUCAGAUGAGAACCAGCAAGCAUACAAAGAUGGAGAAACCAGUAAAGAAUCACCAGAAGUGAUUCCUGACUACGAGAACUCGUCUCAGCAAGAUGGUCAUCAACGGGAAGCGAUGAGUAAAGACGAGUACUUCCGUCAGGUGGAAGAGCUCAAGGCUAAACAGGUUGUGAGAGAUGAUGCUACAGAUAAGGACUCGAACGUGCAUGACGGAGACGCAUCUUGCCUCGCAACGUGCACCGUUAGUGAGAUGGAUGAUGAUCUCGGAAGGAACUCUUUUUCUUACGAUGCUGAUGAAGCGUUUGAUGAGAAUGCACAAGGUUUAAUGACAUCUUGUGUGGGAACACGGUGGUUUAGGCCGCCGGAGCUGCUCUAUGGGUCGACGAUGUAUGGGUUAGAGGUGGAUCUGUGGUCGCUUGGUUGUGUGUUUGCAGAAAUUUUGUCACUUGAGCCUUUGUUCCCAGGGAUUUCAGAUAUUGAUCAGAUCAGUAGAGUGACCAACGUGCUUGGGAAUCUAAAUGAAGAGGUUUGGCCAGGUUGUGUUGAUCUUCCGGACUAUAAGUCGAUCUCGUUUGCUAAAGUGGAGUCUCCUCUUGGUAUUGAAGGUUGUCUUCCAAACCAUUCAGGGGAUGUGAUAUCGCUGCUUAAGAAGCUUUUAUGUUAUGAUCCAGCUAGUAGAGCUACUGCUAUGGAGAUGUUGAGUGAUAAGUAUUUCAGUGAAGAGCCACUUCCAGUUCCAGUUUCAGAGCUCUAUGUGCCUCCCACGAGGAGUGGGCCAGAUGAUGAGGAUUCACCGGGGAAGUGGAAUGAUUACAGAGGAAUGGAUUCGGAUUCAGAUUUUGACGGGUUUGGGGGUGUGAAUGUAAAGCCUACGAGUAGUGGAUUUACAAUAGAAUUCCCCUGA